ACCGACUCGACACCGCCGACAGGGAUGCAGCGAGGGCGCAGCGCAGCCUGAAAAAUGGCACCACCACGCGUACUGUGGAUCUAUCCAUCCUUUCCCCUCCUGUCCUGCUUGCUUCUUCUUUUUCAAGCGUUGUCGCUGAGUCGAGCUUUACGGAAUUACCCAGAAAAUGAAGUUACGUUGCUGGACUCCAUGUCAGCGCUGGCUGACCUCGGCUGGGAGGCUUAUCCAAAUGAGGGGUGGGAGGAGAUCAGCGUGAUGGAUGAGAGGAACACCCCAAUGAGGACCUACCAGGUGUGUAACGUCAUGGAGGCCAACCAGAACAACUGGCUGAGGACGCGCCACAUCAGCCGAGAGGGAGCGCAGCGCGUCUACAUUGAGAUUAAGUUCACCCUGAGGGACUGCAACAGUCUGCCCGGGGUCCCUGGUACCUGCAAAGAGACGUUCAACAUGUACUACUAUGAGUCCAACAACGCAAACCUGUGGUUCAUCAAGGAGAGCCAGUACGUCAAGAUCGACACGAUCGCUGCAGAUGAAAGUUUUACACAGGUUGAUGUCGGUGACCGUGUGAUGAAGCUGAACACAGAGGUGCGUGACAUCAGCAACCUGAGUAAAAAAGGUUUCUACCUAGCCUUCCAGGACCUGGGUGCCUGCAUUGCUCUGGUCUCGGUCAGAGUCUUCUACAAGAAGUGUCCCCUCACUGUGCUGAACUUGGCCCAGUUCCCCGACACAAUCACGGGCGGAGACACAGCGCUGGUGGAGGUCCGCGGUGUUUGUGUCAACGCCUCGGAGGAGUUUGAGGCUCCAAAGAUGUACUGCAGCGCUGACGGAGGCUGGCUGGUUCCCAUCGGGAGGUGUGUGUGCAAACCAGGCUUCGAGGAGAACAAGGAUGUGUGCCAACCGUGCAGACCUGGUACCUACAAAGCUUCGGCCACAGAUGCGUACUGCACCAAAUGUCCUCCUCACAGCUCGUCCCCGCAGGAACAGGCUGACGAGUGCGUCUGCGAGAAAGGUUUCUACCGAGCUGAGAGCGACCCACGCUCCAUGGCCUGCACACGUCCUCCAUCUGCUCCUGAGAACCCUAUCUCCACUGUAAACGAGACCUGCGUCAUGUUGGAGUGGUCCCCGCCCAGAGACACAGGAGGCCGAGGAGACGUCACCUACAGCCUUCACUGCAGGAAGUGCUCAGGUGAUGGCAGGAAGUGCACGCCCUGUGGCAGCAGCGUUCAUUUCAUUCCCAGACAGUUUGGUCUAAUGUCGGCCUCCGUCCUGGUCACUGACCUGCAGCCGGACUCCAACUACAGCUUCACUGUGGAGAGCCAGAACGGUGUGUCGGACUUAAGUCCUACACCAAGAGGGACAGUCAUCAUAAAUGUUACAACAUCACAAACAGUGAGUGUGGUGCUGAAGGAGAGGCGGAGCAAGGGCAGCGUGACUUUGGCCUGGCAGGGUCCAGAGAGACCCAACGGAGCGAUAGUGGAGUAUGAGGUCAUCUAUUACGAGAAGAAUCAGCGGGAGCAGAACUAUACUGUGUUGAAGACUCGCUCCAACAUGAUGACGGUGGACGGGCUGAAGCCGGGGACCCUCUACGUGUUCAGGGUCAGGGCUCGAACGGACGGCGGCUAUGGGACCUAUGGAGGAGAGAUUGAACUGGAAACAAGCCACGAAGAUGUUUUUGCUAUCGGGGAUCCCAACCAGUCCACGAUUCUGGCCGUGUCCAUCGCUGGGGGAAUCGCUCUCCUUAUAUUCCUAGUGACGUGCUUUGUUGUCAGCGGAAGGCACUGUGGAUACAUCAAAGCCAAGCAGGACCCAGAUGAAGAGAAGAUGCAGUUUCAAAAUGGUCGAGUAAAGCUUCCAGGCAGCAGGACCUACAUCCAUCCUCACACCUACGAAGACCCGAACCAGGCUGUCAGGGACUUUGCCAAAGAGAUCGAUGCUUCCAAUAUUCGAAUAGAGAGAGUCAUUGGCGCUGGAGAGUUUGGGGAGGUGUGCAGCGGCAGGCUGCGUGUUCAAGGAAAGAGGGAGAUUUAUGUGGCCAUCAAGAGCCUGAAGGCAGGAUACUCAGACAAACAGAGGCGGGACUUCCUGUCCGAAGCAUCAAUCAUGGGCCAGUUUGACCAUCCCAACAUCAUCCGGCUGGAGGGGGUCGUGACAAGAUGUGAGCCCACUCUUUACAUAACCGAGUUCAUGGAAAACGGAUCUCUGGAUACUUUCCUCAAGAAACACGACGGUCAGUUCACAGUGAUCCAGCUGGUCGGCAUGCUGCGUGGCAUCGCCUCAGGAAUGAAGUACCUGUCGGACAUGAGCUACGUUCACAGAGACCUGGCAGCUCGGAACAUCCUGGUCAAUAGUAACCUGGUGUGUAAGGUGUCCGACUUCGGCCUGAGUCGAGUUCUAGAGGACGACCCAGAGGCUGCUUACACUACAAGGGGAGGGAAGAUCCCAAUCAGAUGGACAGCUCCAGAGGCAAUAGCCUACAGGAAGUUCACCUCAGCCAGCGAUGUGUGGAGCUACGGUAUCGUCAUGUGGGAGGUGAUUUCAUACGGAGAGAGACCCUACUGGGAGAUGUCCAACCAGGAUGUGAUCAAAGCAAUAGAUGAGGGCUACCGUCUGCCCGCUCCGAUGGACUGUCCUGUGGUGCUGCACCAGCUCAUGCUGGACUGCUGGGAGAAGGGACGCAGUGAGAGGCCAAAGUUUGGACAGAUUGUCACAAUCCUGGACAAGCUCAUCAGAAACCCAGCCAGCCUCAGAGAGCUGGCCAACAGCUCAGCAUGCAGGGAGGACCCGUCAACCCCAGAGUUCAGUGUGAGCACAGUGGAUGAGUGGUUGGAGGCCAUCAAGAUGGGACAGUACAAGGAGAAUUUUGCCAGUUCUGGAUAUGUCAGCUUGGACUCAAUCCUCUACAUCAGUGUCAGUGAAUUGGCCAAAAUGGGUGUAAAUCUUGCUGGCCACCAGAAGAAGAUUCUGUCCAGCGUGCAGAGCCUGCAGACCCAAGGGACGCACAUCCAAGUAUAACAGUUUCCACAAAAACACACAGUGGGACAGAGCCAAAAUGGAUGCUCCUGUGAAGAGUUUCCCCCACUGAAAUGGAGUUGUAAUGGAUACUCUGCGCUCUGGCGAGCCAUUGAUUUUGACACACUGAGAUGGAGACAACAUGGACGCUUGACUCCUUCACUACUUUCUUGCCGUAUCACCUUUCUUCCCAUCCUUGAUUUUGAUGGGCACUACCGGCUUAAGCACACAGACUUCCAGCGACACAGCCAGAGAGACACAUGUCCAACAACAAGUCCACAUCUAGACAAAAACAAGGACAUUUCACAUCAUAUCAGUUCAGAAAAGGAAGAAAAAAAGAUUUUUAACAAAUGAAAUGACAAAAAAAACAUGAUUAGAAUAUAAUUAUCAUCACUGUCUGUGAGGUGUACAGUUGGUUUUUACCAUCAUUUUGAGUUUUCUGUUUUCAAAUUUCACCUUGAAGAGUCUAAAGAGGGUCAGAGGGUGUGUAUAUGUGUAGAUAUAUGUUUAUAUGGGCUGUGUGUCCCACAACCGUAGAGAUGGACCUAACGUUUGUAUUGUUGGUGAGGUUUAUUAUUGCUCAACCCAUUACUCAGUACAUGUACGGCCCCUUCCAUUGCUCUCAAGCCAAUGAACGAGCCAAGAGUCUGGAUGAAUGUGUGGGGUGAGGGGGAACAGAAAUGGACCUUUAGAUAUAGACAGGGAUGUAGAUUUCGCUAGCUUUGCUUGCUAUAUUUGAUCAGGACAAGGGCUUCCCUAGCCACUUCAGUCAGACACACUUCCACAGCAACCCUAGUGCACGUUUAGCUAUUCUGCCUGCACUUCAGUCGUAACCAAGUGCACAGAAACAGCACAAUAAACUUUAAAUCUUCCAUAACUGACUGUCUCUGCAAAACAGCAUCUUCUAAAUCAGCCGCAGUAUAAUGUUGGGGAUUUUUUAGCCCUAGAGUUUGCCUUCCUAUGUUUCAGGUGUGUUCAGAAAAGUUCAGGUGUUUUGUGAAGAGCAAGGUGGUGCCAAGGUCGUGAUAAAGUUGACACUGUUAAGAGUGUGUAGAGUGGUUUUCCAGUGUUGUGCCAUGUACAGCUACCUUGACAUGUCAGGCAGUAUUAAAAAGUCUUGCAGUGCUCUUUCCUUUUAUCCAUUCCCAAGGCUGGGUGGUGACACAAGACCAGUCACAGUGAUAACUGUUUUUUUUCUCUCAAAUAGUCUGCUUCAGGAGAAAGAACGGUAGAAUGGGCCCUUUUUUGCAAAGAUGAAAAAUAGUGUUGAUUUUCACGUGCACCACAAUAAGAGGAUAAAUUUCAUAAAUAAUGAUAACUUAUUUGUCUUGUUCUGUCUCACUUUCUUAUCAGUCAACCUCUUUCAAGCAUUUCUUCUUUCAAACAGGCAACCAUGAGAUGUGUUCGAAAAAAAUGUUUACAGCAAAAGCAAAUUCAAUGGUUUGUUUGUUUUCACUUGCUGCUUUCACGUUAACGGGGUACGACAUGAUGCAACCCUCUCUGUGUGCACUGCAUUCAAGGCACUGAACCUGCUUUAGUGUAUUCCCAAUCUCAGUUUUAAUAUAUGUGGUACUCUAUAGGACCAACAGUGGCAUAAAAGUACAGUAUAUAUGAUUGUAUCAUAGUGUAAAAAUGUACAGAGUUGAUUUCCAAUGUUAGAAUGUUUGUAAUGAUAACAAUGAUGAUGAUGAUGAUGAUGUACUUUUAUUGUGAAGAAGAGAUUUCUGAAGUACUUGUUUAGGAGAAAAGUGAAGAGAGGUGAUUUGUUGGCAACAAAGGAAUGUAGCAUGGUGCAAAGCUUCAGCUUUGGUUGACAGGUGACUGUGACUGCAGUUUAUACCAUAGUGUUAGAAUGAGUGGAAUGGACCUUUAUUACAAAGACACUAGAUUAAUUGGUAUAUUAUUUCAACCGGUAAUUGCACACAGUUUCUAAGGUUGCAUCAGAGGAUAUUACAAACUGUCAAAAUUGAUAAAAUCCCUAAGGCUAGAAUCCACUGGGGACAGAAUUGACUUUUGUUCACCGUUCAGACAACCACGUUUCACACAGAUUCACUAAAAUGACAAAAAUUACUGUAGGAUGCAUGCAAGGUCAUUCGCUGGCAGUGUGACAAGAAGCACAUGUGCUUUCGUUCACAAAGAAAUAAUCAUAAUGUGCAUGUGCAAAAAGCCUGCUCCCGUAUAGCUAUUGGCUGGAACUACAAUAUGUGUAAGCCCCCAUUUUCAAAAGAGAUCUCUAUAAUAACAAUUUACAUGCAGUUGAAAACAUCCAAAACUUUCACAACUUUCCAUUUUUAGGCAACUAAAACAUUUUAAUUUUCAUGAACUGCCAAAACUCAGCAAAAGGUUGCAAUUUUCAGAUUAAAUCAUUGUCUAAACAUGACCUAAAGUGCUACUCACACAGGACUAGUAUCACCUGUGUUCUUCUGAUAAUCUGUGAACUAACUCCCUGACGUCAGUGUUUGGUGUAGUGCAUAAGCAAAGUCUGUAAUUAGAAGGUCAUUCCUGCUGUUUUCAUGGUGAUUUGAGACGUUGUCUAACAUGGAACAAGGGGGAAAAUGCCCCAAAGUUGAGGAUUCUGCUCAUCUUCUGCUCUCACUGUGGGAGUGACAACAAUCACAACUAAAAUAUCAAACGUGUCAAAAAUCCAUCCAGCUGGUCUGAAACAGCUGGUUUGGCUGUAGUCUGGUCAUGUAUACUCCAUAACAAAUGAAGCCAAUCUGAUUGAAAGUUGACACAACUUUCAAGAGAGGUGCACAACUCUAAAAUCAUGUCUGAAUUGGAUGAAAUUAUCACAGUGUAUGAACAGCUUUAAGUAAAUAUCAAUACUGACAUGUACAGCUUCGCAUCAUUCACUCCUCUGCACAGUCUACUGUCACUUUGGGGAGUGGAACAAGGCUUUAAAUCUGAUUUAUCUGCCCUGUUGUUUUGAAAUUUGUAAAAGAAAGGCAUAAAAAUACAUGAGGCAUACGUUCAAUAGGAGCAGAAAACUUCACAACUCAAUCUUAGUGUCUGAGUCUGAUGGUACAUUCUACUCAUGCUAACUCUAUGAUUUCACUCUAGCGGACAACCCUUGACCGCUGGCCUUUUAGAUGCCUUAUUUACUGAGCUAUUGUUCUUUUCUGUUGCCCUAUAGAGGCGAUUUUAAGAGUAAAGUGUAUGUACAGGUAGUAUUUAUCUGUGUUCUUAAGAUGACCUCACAUCAACACCCUGGUAACAUCCCGUAGACUCCCCCCCAACAGCACUUUCACUUUGAUUUCUCUGAACUGAAGAGACAUUUUGUUCUGAAAAUAUGUGAUGACUUAAAGAAGCUGAUAUAGAAAUUGAAUUGUUUUUAUUUAUUUGCCUUGGAAGAUUUUUGUUGAUAAGACAGAUAUGCAGAUGAGGGGUGUGGUUAGCUUACUGUUCUGGCUAUUUUGGCAUGUGGUUGCAAAUUUUUCAUGUGUAAGGUUCCUCAUGCAAAGUCAGGACAAUUUCCCCUUCUUUAAAAAUGUAUUCAACACUUCCACUGAAAAAAUCUGAGAUGUCAUACCCACACUUUGAACGAUUUGUGUCACUAAUCACCCUUUCAAGGUCAGUAUGUGGGUCGGUUUGCUUGAUCCAAACUACAGUGUUUGUCAUUCAUUCCCCACCGGAUCUGUGUUGUAAAUGUUCAUGAGUGAAUCUCAUAUGAGAAUCUCUUCUCUCUAUUUCUUUGGACACCGUACAAUGCUUAUUUGUCCCCAUGCCAGUUUCCUCUGCGUUGCUUGUUGUAAAGGGUGUAGGCAUUCUAAUGUCUUUCAUGUUGCUGUAAUAAAUAUGCUAAUAUUUCUA